CCCCGGCGGCAGGGCGGGAUGCGGCAGCCGCCGCUCCGCUCUCUCAGCCCCGGCGGCGGCGGUCGGUAGCUGCCGGCCGCGACUCUCAGGCUUAUCGCGAUGGGUUGGCAAGCAGAACGCGAUAAAGUGGUGAUCAACGUGGGCGGUGUGCGGCACGAAACCUACCGCAGCACCCUGCAGACGCUCCCUGGCACCCGCCUGGCCGGCCUGGCCGAGCCGGGAGCCGCCGCCCGCUUCGACUACACCCCCUCGGCGGGGGAGUUUUUCUUCGACCGCCACCCCGGCCGUUUUCGCUUAUGUCGAAAUUACUACCGAACCGGGAAGCUGCACUGCCCGGCUGAUGUUUGCGGGCCCCUUUUCGAGGAAGAGCUGGCUUUCUGGGGGAUCGAUGAGACGGACGUGGAAGCCUGCUGCUGGAUGAACUACCGGCAGCACCGGGACGCGGAGGAGGCUCUGGACAGCUUCGAGAGUCCCGAGGGGCCGCGGCCGCCGGAGCCGGCCGAGCCCAAGCGGCUGUGCUUGGAGGAGGGCCGGCCGGCCGGCUGGUGGCGGCGUUGGCGGCCCAAGCUCUGGGCCCUGUUCGAGGACCCCUACUCCUCCAGGAUGGCAAGGUACGUCGCCUUCGCCUCCCUCUUCUUCAUCCUCAUCUCCAUCACCACCUUCUGCCUGGAGACGCAUGAGGCUUUCAACCCGGUGAUCAACAAGACGGAGACGGUGCUGACGGGCAACGGGACGGGGACGCAGGUGGCGGUGGAGGUGGAGACUGAGCCCUUCCUCACCUAUGUGGAGGGCACCUGCGUCGUCUGGUUCACCUUCGAGUUCCUCAUGCGUGUCAGCUUCUGCCCGGAUAAACGAGACUUCGUCAAGAGUAGCUUAAACAUCAUCGAUUUCGUGGCCAUCCUGCCCUUCUACCUGGAGGUGGGACUGCGUGGCCUCUCCUCCAAGGCUGCCAAAGAUGUCCUGGGCUUCCUGCGUGUUGUGCGCUUCGUCCGCAUCCUGCGCAUUUUCAAACUGACGCGCCACUUCGUGGGGCUGCGGGUGCUGGGCCACACGCUGCGUGCCAGCACCAACGAGUUCCUGCUCCUCGUCAUCUUCCUGGCGCUGGGGGUGCUGAUCUUUGCCACCAUGAUCUACUACGCCGAGCGCAUCGGCGCUGACCCCGAUGACGUGACGGGCAGCCGGCACACCUACUUCAAGAACAUCCCCAUUGGCUUUUGGUGGGCUGUGGUCACCAUGACCACACUGGGCUACGGCGACAUGUACCCCAUGACCUGGUCGGGGAUGCUGGUGGGGGGCUCUGUGCGCCCUGGCGGGGGGUCCUCACCAUCGCCAUGCCCGUCCCCCGUCAUCGUGAACAACUUCGGCAUGUACUACUCCUUGGCCAUGGCCAAGCAGAAAUUACCCAAGAAAAAAAACAAACAUAUUCCCAGGCCCCCCCAGCCGGGAUCACCCGGCUACGGACCACCCGUUGCACCCCAGAACCCCACCUGGAGCCCCCUGCCCCCCCGCAGACCCCCGGCCUGUCCCCUGGCGCAGGAGGAGGUGGUGGAGAUCAACCGGGCUGAGGCCCGCCCCAACGGGGAAGCAGGGCGCGCGGCACUGGCGCAGGAGGACUGCCCCCCCAUCGACCAGCCCCUGUCCCCCGAGGAGCGGGGGGGGCCCCCCGCAACAGCCGGAGGGGGCCGGGAACGCUGCGGCCGUGACCGAGCCUGUUUUCUGCUGGGCCCUGACUACGCGCCCCCCCCUGAGGGGCCUCUCCGGAAAGGCUACGAGAAGUCGCGGAGCCUCAACAGCAUCACAGGGGUGCGGGUGGCGCCAGCUGCGCCCCCCUUCGGCUCCCCUGGCCCCCCUCGGCGCCCCCGUUCCCCCAUCCCCUCCAUCCUUUAAAGUGGUGGUGGGGGGGAGACCCCUCCUCCCCACCCCAACACCCCCUUUUCCUGCCCCUACACACCCCCCCUGCAGCGGGGAUUUGGGCAGAGAACGGGGCAAAACGGUAAAAAUAAUCAGUGGCAGUGGGGCUGAGGGGAGGCUCAAAAUGGUGGCUGUAGGGACACCCCCUCCCCCCCCCACCCAAAAAAAAUUGACUGGAUCCCUUCAAAAUGGGGGGGUCCCCUAAAAGACUGUGAAAGGGGGUGGGGGGGUGUCCCUCCCCCCUGUCACCCCGCCUGGCUGCACUGCACUUUCUAGAGUGUCCCCUCCCCUCAAUUUUGGAGCCGGACCCCCCCAUCUUUGGGGGUCCCUGCUCCCUACCCCCCGCCAUGAUCACUCAGGACUUGGGGAGCCCCCCACCCCCCCCAAACUGUCGUCUGUGUCCCCCCCAUGUCCCCCUUCUGUCUCUGUGUGUCUCCCCCUGCCCCCACCCGGGCUCCCCACCCCUGCAAGCAAUAACUGGAGCUGCUGGACACUCGAUGGCCGAGGACCACGGUGGAGGUAGGGCCACCGCCCGGGUGUCCCCCAUGUCCCCCUGAUGGUGGCGCUGGCACCCCGGGGUGGGGGGCAUCAGCAGGGGGCCUGGCCCCAAUGUGAGGCCAGGCUGUGUUUCCAUGGCAACGGGGCUAGGCCGGUGCCUCCAUUGCGAGGCCAGGAUGUGUUUCCAUAGCAAUGGGGCUAGGCCUCGCUCUACUGCAAGGCCAGGCUGCAUUUCCAUGGCAAUGGGACUAGGCCAGUGCCUCCACUGCGAGGCCAGGAUGUGUUUCCAUAGCAAUGGGGCUAGGCCUCGCUCUACUGCAAGGCCAGGCUGCGUUUCCAUGGCAAUGGGACUAGGCCGGUGCCUCCACUGCGAGGCCAGGCUGCAUUUCCAUGGCAACAGGGCUAGGCUGGUGCCUCCACUGAGAGGCCAGGCUGCGUUUCCACAGUAAUGGGACUAGGCCAGAGCCCUACUGUGAGGCCAGGCUGUGUUCCUCUGGUGAUGGGACUAGGCCAAGCUGUGUUUCCAUGGUAACAGCACCAGGCCAGAGCCCCCAGUGUGAGGCCAGGCUGCGUUUCCAUGGCAACGGGACUAGGCCUGGCCCAAGUGCGAGGCCAGGAGGCCAGGCUGCAUUUCCGCAGCAACAGCACCAGGCCUGGCCCCACUGCCAGGCCAGGCUGCGUUUCCAUGGUUACGGCACUAGGCCGGAGCCCUCCCAACAGGCCCCUGGCCCCACUGGGGGGGGCCGGGACCCCCCCAGAGCCACUCCCCCCUGCUGGGGGGCCCCUGGGGGGGGGCAGUUUGGGGGUGGGGCCCCCCCGGUGCCCCCCCCCCAGCAUGUCUGCAUGUCCGUACCACCCAUAUUUAUCAUUAUAUGCAAAAAACAACCGACUCCAAACCCCCCUGAAUUCACCCCGGGCCUGAUCUCUCCCCCCCACCCUACCACCCCCCCUCCCCGGGGGCCUCCCUCGGCCCUGUGGCCUCUAUGCAAUGCAGCCCACGGGCUUGGGGGGCCCCACCCCCCACCCCAGCGUGGCGGGAGCCUUAUGCAAUGACUCCUAUGCAAAUGAUAUGCUAAUGAGGACUAAUUGCUCCCUGACCGUUCCCCAACCUUCCCCCCCCCUCCCCAAUUUGCUGCAUGUUUGGGGGGGGGGGCCUGUUGCCUCGUGCUUUUGGGGGGGGGGGGGGUGUCUCCAGCCCCUCCCCCCUGGGCUGCGCUGUAAUGAGCUCCCCCUCCCCUUAAUUACUAUUUCUUAACUCCUCAUGAAUAAUUUAUUACCCCACCCCCGGGAUUGGUGCAAUCCCCCCUCCCCAUUUAUCUCGGGUUAUUUUUGGGGGGGGGGGGGUGUGCCCCCCAUUUUGGGGGGGGGUGUCUGACUCAGGAAGGGGGGG